CAUUUGGACUUAGGGCCACUUUUCGCCGUGUGCAUCAUGGCCACUCUUCCCGCCUCUGUCCGUGUGUCGGUCAGAGUCGUAGGCUCUGAUUUUAUUCCAGGGCCGAAAGCCCGGUUGCGCAAGGAUCUGUCCAAAGGACAAGGCUGGCGCAUGGCUGGCACUUCCGUAGCUGUCACAGCCACAGCGUGCUGUUCGGUGGGCCUCCGCGCACGAAAGCCAACUGCGGAGAUGUUGAAGAACAAAGUUGCCAAGGGGAUGCAAAGGCGAGAGAUGCAAAUGGAUGCUCCAGAUGCAAUUGAAGAAUUCCAGGGAUUGAAAGAUGAUCCUUUGGCCUCAUGGAGUUUACUGGGUGAUCAGGAAUUCCUGGCGCGAAUGUGGACGGUGCUCUUCCUGGCAUUCUUGCCAUGUGCCUACCUCACGUCAAAGGUGUAUCCGGUAAGCAAUGAGAUCGGGGAACUGCUUCCACAAAACAUACUGGCAGAUGUGUCCUUUGGUUUCAGUGUGGCAGCUUUGUUCCUCACUGCAGUCCUUUUGCGGAUUGGCUAUCGCCAAUUGGAAGUGAAUCAGCUGCUUCGUCAGCGCAGCAUUUUCUUGGAGACUGGUGGUGGCGGAUACUUUGUUCAAAAGAAGAGUGCUGCCAACCAACGUAAAGAUGCCCUGAUCCAUCGCUACGAGACUGCACCAAGUAUUGUGAAAGUUCGUCGGUAUGUGUUGUCGACGCUACUCUUCGCAUUUGCCACUGGCGUGGCUGGAUUUGCGUCUGAUGGAGAGAUGAAGCGAACCGAAGGCAGUGAAGAGGAAGAGUAAAGAAAAGGUGAUAGCCAUAGGCCAUAGCUUUCAGAAUUGAAUUCAAAGGGCUACGUCUACGUUUAUGCGUACGUAUGCAUGUAAUUGAAUAGGGAGAUGUUUCAUACAUAUUUUUUACCAGCAAAAUCUGACACAUUUCUGAAUGGGUUUUGU